AUGGAUACUGGUGGAGGUGACGUGCCGCCGAAGAAAGACGGCGAGUUUCUUCUCCAGCUCCUCAAGAAACCACCGCAACUACACCCUACGCAAAUCCGACCAAACCCGCAUCCCCAAACCAUACCCGAUGAUCCGGCGGUGGUGGCUGUGGGGCAUACUGUUCCACCUUACUUGCAGCCACAGCCAGUGUUCUCAUCGGACGGUCGCGAUUCUUCUUACAGCCAAUGGUCGAAUUCGUCUUCCCGCCCACUUUUUGCGCCUCACACUUUCUUCCUGCAAAACCCUAAUUCCAACUUGAACCCUAAUUUUCACGCGCCACCUGGGGGUUUCAGUCACCCCUCUAAUCAGUAUAAUCAUCAGUUUCAACAAACCUCGUUGGGCGAUGACAUAAGGAAAUUAGGGUUUUUUGGUGAUAAUUUAAAGCCGGCACUAGCUCAUCGGCAAGAACCGAAUAUAAUCUUUGGGUCUUUAAACAGAAAUAUUGUGGAUAAUGAUGCUGCAUUGAAUGGGACUGCUUCGGAAGAGUCUUCAAGUGAAAGGGGUAAAUGUGGAAACUCAUAUUUGGAGGAUGAUCUAGGGAGUAAGAGAAGGUUGAAUGGUUUUCGCGUUGAUAAUCAGAAUUCAAUGGAGAUUAAUCAUAAUUUGCAAGGAAAUUUGACUAUCUUGAAGGGUUAUGGGCAAGAAAGGAGUAAUAAUAUUAAUAGAAGGGGAAAUCAAGGACAUCAUGAGAAUUAUAAGAUUGUGGUUCCACCACCCGGUUUUUCAAGCAAUGAUAAUGUGGGAAAUAGGGAGUACGGGUCUAGAGAGAGGACCUUCGAACAUAGUCUCGACAAAGGUAAGGGUAGUUUGAGCCAUAGAACUGUUGAUAUCCAUAGAGUUAAACAAGAACGGAUGUUAUCGGAUCAGAAUAUGGGAUAUGGUGCUCGUAUUUUGGAUGUGAAGGGAUCAAAUAACAGGCUUGAUUUCCCCCUUCCACCAUCUGGCAGCAAUCUUCAUUUGAUUUCGGCCUCUAAUACUGAGGAUUCUGAGCGGAAGUUUCAUGUCGAGGAUAGUGAUAAUGGGGAAGAAUUGGGGAAUGGUGCCCGUGGGCAGAAUGAGUUUGAUGAUUUGGAGGAACGGCUUGUGAAUUCUCUAGGACUUGAAGACGAAUCUCAGGAGAAAAGUGAUAAAAAGAAACAUCAUCGGGACAAGGAUUAUAGAUCUGAUAAGAGAGGACAAUGGAUACUUAACCAGAGGAUGAGGAAUGUGAAGAGGCAGACAAUGUGUCGUGGUGACAUAAACAGGCUGAAUACUGAAUUCCUAGCUAUCUAUGACUCGUUAAUCCCAGCUGACGAAGAAAAGGCCAAGCAAAAGAAAUUGUUGACGUUAUUGGAGAAGCUUGUUAUCAAAGAGUGGCCUGAGGCUCGGUUGUAUCUCUAUGGAUCAUGUGCCAACUCGUUUGACUUUUCAAAAAGUGACAUUGAUGUUUGCCUUGUGAUGGAGGCUGCAAAUUCAGACAAGUCCGAAGUCUUGUUAAAGUUGGCUGAUAUACUGCAGGCGGACAAUCUUCAGAAUGUACAGGCACUUACAGGUGCCAGGGUUCCCAUAGUUAAGCUCAUGGAUCCAGUCACCGGUAUUUCUGGUGACAUUUGCAUGAACAAUGUGCUGGCUGUAGUAAAUACAAAGCUACUUCGGGAUUAUGCACAUAUAGAUGUGAGACUGCGUCAGUUGGCUUUCAUUGUGAAACACUGGGCUAAAACACGAGGAGUCAAUGAAACUUACCGAGGAACACUGUCUAGUUAUGCGUAUGUGUUAAUGUGCAUUAAUUUCUUACAGCAGCGGAGACCAGCUAUUCUUCCAUGCUUGCAGGGGAUGGAUGUCACUUACUCUGUAACUAUAGAAAAUGUUGAAUGUGCUUAUUUCGAUCAAGUGGAAAAGCUUCGUGAUUUUGGAUCCCGGAACAGGGAAAGUAUUUCUCAGUUGGUUUGGGCUUUUUUCCACUAUUGGGCCUAUUGUCAUGAUUAUACAAAUGAUGUUAUAUCUGUUCGAGCAGGAAGCACACUGAGCAAGAGAGCUAAAGAUUGGACUAGAAGAAUUGGUAAUGACCGUCACUUGAUUUGCAUAGAAGAUCCAUUUGAGUUAUCCCACGAUCUUGGUCGAGUGGUGGACAAGUAUAGCAUAAGAGUCCUCAGGGAAGAGUUUGAACGAGCUGCAGAAAUUUUGCAGUAUGAUCCGAAUCCUUGUGUAAAGCUAUUUGAACCCUAUAUCCGUACUUGA